GCUCUGUGUGUGCGGCUCGCGGGAGCCACUGCCAGCCUCUCCCCCAGCACUACCGCCCCGAGAGCCCCGAAAGCCCCCAACCCCCCGGAGAAGGUGGCGCUGGACACAUGGAAGCCGCUCGGCUGGAGCCCAAUGGCGGGCAGGGGCCCCAUGAUCCCGGGGACGCUGCCAUGGAGACCGGGCAUCGGGGGGAACCUGAGGGGCCCCCUGAUACAGGGCCCGGGGGCGGUAAGGGGGCCCCUACUGCAGGGACCUGGAGCAAUGAGGGCCCCAGGGAUGCAGGGGCCAGGUCCAAUGAGGGCCCCAGGGAUGCAGGGGCCAGGUCCAAUGAGGGCCCCAGGGAUGCAGGGGCCAGGUCCAAUGAGGGCCCCAGGGAUGCAGGGGCCAGGUCUACUGAGGGCCCCAGGGAUGCAGGGGUCAGGUCCAAUGAGGGCCCCAGGGAUGCAGGGGUCAGGUCCAAUGAGGGCCCCAGGGAUGCAGGGGUCAGGUCUACUGAGGACCCCAGGGAUGCAGGGGUCAGGUCUACUGAGGACCCCAGGGAUGCAGGGGUCAGGUCCAAUGAGGACCCCAGGGAUGCAGGGGUCAGGUCCAAUGAGGACCCCAGGGAUGCAGGGGUCAGGUCCAAUGAGGACCCCAGGGAUGCAGGGGUCAGGUCCAAUGAGGACCCCAGGGAUGCAGGGGUCAGGUCCACCGAGGGCCCCAGGGAUGCAGGGGUCAGGUCCACCGAGGGCCCCAGGGAUGCAGGGGUCAGGUCCAAUGAGGGCCCCAGGGAUGCAGGGGUCAGGUCUACUGAGGGCCCCAGGGAUGCAGGGUCCAGGGAUACCGAGACCAGGUUCGUUGAGGGGCCCAGGGAUGCAAGGGCCACUAAGGGGUCAAAUAGCACAGACACCAGCAACAGGGAGGGGCCCAGGACUCUUGGGACCAGGAGCCAUGAGGGGCCCAGGGAUUCGAGGACCAGCACCUGUGAGGAACUUAAACCUCCAGGGUGUAGGAGCCAUGAAACCUCCCAUUCUACCACAACAGAUGCCGAAAACCAAUGGGCUGCUAACUCCGAGGGGCUCCAUCCUUCCCAGUCCAAUGGGAAUGAGACCUCCAUUACUAGUGGGACCAGCAGCAGUAAGGAGCCCUAUUUUGGGAGGACCAGUACCAGCCAGAAACUCGCUGGCACAGAAUCCUGUUCAGAGCCCAAUGAUGGGGAUGGGUCCAAUGACACCAAGGACAACACUGAGGGGCCCACUGAUGCCAGGAUCACAGACUCCUUUAAGAUGCCCACCAUUCCUGCCCGCUCAAGUGGGAAUGAAAAGACAGUGGAACAACGAGACAAACCAGCAACCUCACACAUUUCUCCCUCACUUGGCAUUAGAGGCACCACUAGGGAAGCGUCCACGGAUGUCAGCCACAGGCUUCCCUCUGAUGCCUACCGAACCUCGCCUGCCAUUCCCUAUCGGGAGCCUUCCUGGUCCGGGCAGCCCCAGGCCCUUUACAACCUGGAGAUGUUAAAAAAUGGUAAUAUUGUAUCCACUAAAAGUCUGAAUGAACUUGACUGGAUAGUUUUUGGCAGGCUACCUUCGUGCCACAUUUCUUUGGAGCAUCCCUCUGUUUCUCGUUACCAUGCUGUGCUGCAGUAUCGCCAGAUUCCAGGUACCGAACCAGAUCAAGAACCUGGCUUCUAUAUUUAUGAUUUGGACAGCACCCAUGGGACAUAUUUAAACAAGCAGAGAAUACCGCCUAAGACAUAUUGCCGUUUUCGAGUGGGGCAUAUGGUUAAAUUUGGUGGUAGUACACGACUGUUCGUUUUACAGGGACCAGAAGAUGACCAGGAGGAAGAGUCUGAACUUACAGUUACUCAGAUAAAGGAAGCACGUAGACAAAAGGAGAGCCUUCAGAGGAAAAUGUUAGGAGAUGACUCCGAUGAGGAAGACGUAACCGAGGAAACAGAGAAGAGCAACGAGUCGACAAGUUCUGGGCAAGAUGCUGGUUGCACGUGGGGAAUGGGUGAUGAUGCCAUUGAAGAAGAAAACGAUGAAAAUCCGAUUGCGAUGGAAUUUCAGGAAGAAAGAGAAGCUCUUUACAUGAAGGAUCCUAAGAAAGCACUAAAGGGUUUCUUUGAAAGAGAAGGGGAGGAGUUGGAAUAUGAAUAUGAAGAUCGAGGACUUUCCAUUUGGCUCUGCCGAGUCAGGCUGCCUGCGGAUGAUUCCUCUGGAAAGCAACUGGUGGCUGAGGUUUUGCACACAGGGAAGAAAAAAGAUGCCUCCAAAGUGUGUGCAUUGGAAGCUUGUCGAAUGUUGGAUAUGAGAGGCUUGUUCCGGCAGGAAGCAGUUUCACGGAAAAGGAAAUCGAAACAGUGGGAGGCUGAGGAUUUCUAUGACAGCGAUGAUGACACUUUUCUAGACCGUACUGGGUUGGUAGAAAAGAAAAGACUCCAUCGCAUGAAAAAGGCUGGAAAGAUUGAGGAAAAGGCAGAAACCUAUGACUCCUUGGUUGCUAAAUUAGCUAUCGUAGAGAAGGAGGUAGCGGAAAUAGCUUCAAAACUGAAAACAUCGCGAACAGAUGAAGCACACUCGAGUGGACAGGGUGAUUCCCUUGAUGCGUUUAUGACUGACAUCAAAUCAGGGGUCGCCUUGGAUGCCGUGACCCGCAAGAAGCUUCACCUGCAAUCAUUUGAGCUGAAGAAGGAGCAAGAACGACUGAAGGGACUAAUAAAGAUUGCACAGCCCACCAGACUGCCAGAUCUCAUUACACCAACACAAGAGUCAACAGCAAAGAAGAUAACAUUGCCAAUGUUUGGUGCAAUGAAAGGGGGCAGAAAAUUUAAACUGAAAACUGGAACUGUUGGGACACUGCCUCCGAAACGUGCAGACCUUCCAGCUAGGUUCUUUGCUACAAAGGAUGACAGUAACCAGCCAGUGGUGGAAGAAGAGGAGGAGGAAGAUGACGACCUGCAGAAACACACAAAAGAAAGCCAAACUCUUCUGGAUUCUGGCAGAGAACAGACUGCUCAUGAAGACAGUGAAAUGAGAAGCUCUCCAGACACACCUAGUCCUCUCCAGCCCCCACAUGCUGCGGAAACAGAACACGGAGAGAAAAAGUUGAUCUUUCAAGGACUAAAGAAUGUCAGAAGUUCAGACCCUAAAGAUGAUCUUCCAGGCGUUAGCGACUGCAGAUCAACAGAAUUGAAAGAGGAGAAAAAAACAAAUGUUGCAAAGCAGAAGAAGGUGCAAGGUCCAAGCAGACCUCCACAAACCUUGACUUCAUUACACUACCCCGAGGAUGACCCAGAUUACUCUGUGUGGACGCCACCUGCAGACCAAACAGGUGAUGGACGAACGCAUCUGAAUGAAAAAUAUGGUUACUGAAACUGAGAUCCGUCCUUAAAGACAAGCUGAUGGUGGCCACCCAAUAAGGCAACUGAAAAUGGUCAUGUUAUGCUGUGCUACCCAUGUCUGUUUGGGGGUUAGAGGAGCGAUUCUACGGGUUUGCUAAGUGUUUGCUCCCCAAAAGUAGUGUUCCUCUAGGGAGCGGUUUGCACAAACCACAUUUAUAUCAGGAAGCUCCUUAUUACUCUGUACUCUGAGCUCCAGGAAAGUGCUGGUAUACUAAAUGCCCUAUUUAAUUUAACCAGAAUUGACACUUACAAUCUGAAAGCCAUGUGCAAACAGCACAUUGCUACAAAGUAUAUGUAGAAUAAUUCUCCUACCCUUCUAACCAAACUAGAAUGGCCUCUGGGUCAUUCUCCCACACUUGCAAGAUUAGCGCACGAGAUCGCUUAACAAAGCCAAUGAAGAUCACAACAGAAUGAUUGUUUUAGGGACAAUAAGAUACUUUGUGUCCCUAAUUGUCUUCUCCCAUAUCUUUGCCUUUAUAUCCACAUCUACAAAUAGUAUGGCCCUGCAUGAUAACUGUCUGAUUGCUUCCUGAAAUAGAGUAAAAAUAGAGCCACACAGCAGGAAUACAUUUACUAAAGUCGAUACUUCUCAAACCAUGAAUUGGAUUGGCCGAUUCUCUGGCUGGUUUCCCCUUCACCAUAGGAUUUGUAUCAAGUACAGAAAAUAAGUUUGAACCCCCUUAUAACAUGUACAGAUAUCUGAUUUCCGGAUUUGAAGCCUGGCUGGUCCAAAGCUCAGUGGAGAACGUAUGCAUGUGAGCUGCUAAGAUCACAACAUAAUGGCUUUUGAGAAAGCUAAAAUAGUCAUCGUCAACCUAGGAUCACAGCUGCAUUUUGAGCACCAGGUGUGCAUAUCAUCUCUUCGUUAACAUGUCUCCCGGAUGCCUCCAAAGAACCUUACUGUCUCCCGGAUGCCUCCAAAGAACCUUACUCACGUCAUUCACAUUGAAUUAUUUCACACGUUUCGGAUUAAAUUGUUUUAUUGAAACCACAAGCUUUGUAAAGCAGAGCUUUUAUAAUAGGCUUGUAGUUUAUAUGCCAUAUAGAUCCCUUUACGACAUUAAGCUUGUUUUUGGUGUGAAUAUUUUUGUUGUGUUGAGUGUUUGUUUUCAUUAUUUUAUUUCUAUCUUGUAUAAUUCUGAUGCUAGAAAUACCUCUGUUUGUAGUCUUGUUUCUAAAAUAAGAUUAAAAAUACCAUGUGAAUGUG